AUGGAAAUGGGUAGACGCAUGAACCUAGAGGAGAGCACAGAAUUUCUUAGAAAGUUUGAAGAAUAUGGCCACAGCCAACUUGACUCAGCUUAUAUGUACGCCAGUGAGGGCGGUGGUGGGACAACUGGGGGUCUCACAGAAAUGUACCUCGGUAAAAUGAACACUGCCCAUGGUUCAAAUAUUUCAACCAAGGCUAAUCCUGGUGGUGGUAAGACAUUUUCCCCUGAAAGUGUUCGACACCAAUUAGAAACUUCUCUGAUAAACCUAAACACUGAACAGGUGGAUAUCUUCUAUUUGCACUGGCCAUGCAUGGAUAUCGACAUUGAAGAUACCUUGAGUGAAAUAAACAAACUCUACAACGAGGGAAAAUUCAAGAGGUUUGGAUUGUCCAAUUUUAUCUCAUGGCAAAUCACAGAGGUUCAACAGAUCUGUAAACACAAUGGCUAUGUGACACCUUCAGUAUACCAAGGAAUGUACAACUGCCUCACUAGAAUGGUUGAGACAGAAUUGCUGCCAUGUCUAAGAAGAUAUGAAAUGAGCUUCUACUGCUACAACCCACUUGCUGGAGGCAUUCUAACUGGCAAGCACAGCCGAGAUGACCGACCUCAGGAUAAAACUGAGCUGGGAAGGUUUACUGGAAGUUCCUGGGGCCCUUCUUACAGAGACCGGUUCUGGCGUGGAAAAUACUUUGACGCUCUUGAGAUUAUCCAGGAGGAAUGCCAAAAGGAGGAGGUGGCUGUUCACUCUGCGGCUUUAAGGUGGUUAGCUCAUCACUCUGCUCUGUCAGAUGAUAACGAUGAUGGGAUCAUAGUUGGGAGUAGUAGUAUUGCAAAUUUGGUUUCCAACAUGGAUGCAUUAAAUGUAGGACCUUUACCAAUGUCAGUUGUCGAUGCUAUCGAACAUGGAUAUGACAUCACAAAGGGUCAUGGACCAAAUUAUUUCAGGAAUGUCGGUGUUAGGCAUUCGACAUAUUAA